UUUUUAAUUAAAUUCUCUUAACCGAAUAUGACCCAAAUCGAUCUAACAUAUGUGUAAAUGUAUGUAUGGUUAUUUAUUUUCAGGGUUACAUGUCCGGUGGUGCUGGUUACGUGCUUAGUAAAGAGGCGGUGCGUCGUUUUGUCGAGAAGGCCAUACCAGACAAGAAUCUGUGCAAACAAGACAACACAGGCGCAGAAGAUGCGGAAAUAGGCAAAUGCUUGGAGAAUGUUAAUGUAAUCGCUGGCGAUUCGCGGGAUCAGCAAACACGUGGUCGCUUCUUCCCAUUCGUGCCAGAACAUCAUCUAAUACCAUCGCAUACAGACAAAGGUUUUUGGUAUUGGAAAUACAUUUAUUACAAAACCGAUGAGGGCUUAGAUUGUUGCUCGGACACAGCCAUUUCUUUCCACUACGUGACGCCUAAUCAAAUGUAUGUGUUAGAUUACCUGAUCUAUCACUUGCGACCGUAUGGCAUUAUCAAUACGCCAGAGGCGCUGCCUGAACGUCUGCAAGUGGGCCAAAUUAUGCCACAGCUUGUGGAGCCUGCGUCUGAAACCGAAGAAAGCAAUGCAAAGGCAUCAUAAAUAGAAGCUUAGUUAUUGAGUAAUAGUUGUAAUUGUAUGUAUGUAAUUAUACCUUAAUAGGCAUGCUUUCAUAAAAGUAACCGCUUAGUAAAUAUUUUUUAAACUGCGUA